CGUCCGUCUCUCGUGACAGCAGCAGCCGGACAGCCCGUCAUGUCGCUGCGGUUCUCGGAUGAAAACUUCCAGGCGGCCUGGUCGGAGCUGGACGAGCCGCGGGUGGAAGGAUGGGAGCUCUUCACCGAGACCAUGGGGGUCCGCAUCUACCGCCUCCUGGACCAGGAAACCGGACUUUACGAGUACAAGAUCUUCGGCGUGCUGGCCGGCUGCGACGCCGACCUGUGUGCAGACGUCUACAUGGACCUGAAGUACCGGAAACACUGGGAUACUUACGUGAAAGAGCUGUAUGAGCAGGACUUCAGCGGCCAGGCGGCGAUCUACUGGGAGGUGAAGUACCCGUUCCCCCUGUCCAACAGAGACUACGUCUACGUGCGGGAGCGGAGGGACCUGGACGUGGACGGCAGGAAGAUCCGGGUCAUCCUGGCCAGGAGUUCCCAGGAGACGCCGUGCGCCGAGAAGAGCGGCGUGCUGCGGGUCAAAGAUUACAAACAGAGCGUCGCCAUGGAGACCGACGGCUCCAGUGGAACUAAAGUGUUCAUGAACUACUUCGACAACCCCGGCGGUAUGAUCCCGACGUGGCUGGUGAACUGGGCGGCCAAGAGCGGGGUCCCGGGCUUCUUAACGGACAUGCAGAAGGCCUGCAGCAACUACCAGAGCUACUGCCAGAAGAAGUGAGGAGGAGGAGGAGGAAGAGGAGGAAGAGGCUGAAACUCAAGGGCUCGGGGGGAUUUCUGGCUGUCGUCUCGUGGUUUUCCUGCUGCUGAAGCUGUGACGGGUGAAUGCGACGUGCUGUGGGUUCCUCACGUUCCUCAUGUUCCUCUUCACCCGGGCAUGUUGUUGCAUGACCCUUCGUGCUGUAUUUACCGGUGCUGUGGCGUCUCCUUUGUGCAAUCAUGCAAUCAAAUCUUUUUAAUCAAAUGUCCGAAUGGAACAUUAGUGUGGAUGAAAAAGAAAACUGCGUCUUUAUCCUGUUUGAUGUUUGUGUUACACCAGACGGAUGCAAUGUAUUUUAAAUGAUUGUCUGUUUGAUCCACUGGAAUUCAGUCGUCUCUUCAAUAAACCAGCAGAAAUGUUGAGUGUUAAAUACUUUAUGCAAGAAUGAACAAAGAUAUAUAUAUAUAUGCAUACUUUCUGAAUCCCCUUGGGGGAAAUGUGUCCUCUGCUUUUGACCCAUCACCAAUUACACACCAACGGCUGCAUUAUUACCUCAGAAAAAGUUCUGAUCUGGGCUGGACUGGGAUUCGUGGUUGGUUCUGGUCGUGGACGGACUAUUACUGUGUAAUAUCGCUGUGCUGCUGGUACAAAUAAACCUCUCUUUUACCCUAAA